GAAAUAAUAUGGACGAAUCUUCAAAUACAAGGCGAGAUGUGGAGCAAUCAUCCAUGACUCGUCGACGUACAGCAAUCGUACAUGCAGACGAAGAAAACAUCAUCAUAUUGGAUGAAACGAAACAAAACGAAACUAAACAAACAUUAGAAAUACCAACAACAGCUCGGGAGCAUACCAAGACGAAAACUGUAAAUUUUGGAACGCCAGAAAUUUAUGAAAUAUCACCGAAUACGCCAAAUUUAUUAUAUGCCAUUGAUAAUAAUGUUGAUAAUCAUCACAAAGUUUACUAUUCGAAUAGUCUUUCGAAUAUUGAGAUUCCUUCACCGAAUUCUUCAACUUCUUCAGACGAAACUCACAUUCUAGUGGAAGAUGAUUAUAACAUAUCUCUGGAUUUGUCAAAAAUCAUUCGAACACAUGAAAAACAAAUUGAGGAACAUUCAAUGAAGAAAACUGGUUCGUCUUAUUCUAUUCGAAAGAUGAAUUCAAAAGAUUCCGCAAAAACUCCAACAGAAACUUUAGUAGAUGUUGUGAAAAAGCUAGUUUCUCCCACAAAAGGUUCAUUUCGUAAAUCGGACGUAGUUUCGUAUAGUGAAAUUUAUCUGGAUCAAUUCCAAGAUUGGAAAAAUGAAAAACAUGAAACUGGAGCAAUUAUUUCAUGGAGAAAUAUUUGUUAUCAGGUCAAAAGAGAAACUAGUUUCCUCAAUGAUAUCAUUUCAAAAAGUUUAAAAAAGGAAGGCGAUUCAAAAAUGGAAAAACCAAGUAAAUUUAUUCAAAUUUUGAAUGGAAUUGAUGGUAUUGCAUAUCCAGGAUCGAUAUUGGCUAUCAUGGCACCUAGUGGAGCAGGAAAAACUUCACUUUUAAAUAUUUUAGCUGGACAGACGAAAUGUACGAGUGGUGAAAUUAUUAUAAAUGGAAUGGUUGUGAAAAAUAGAUUGAAAUCAUUAGUGGGAUAUGUCUAUCAAGAUGAUUUAUUGAUGGGAAAUUUGACAGUUAGAGAAACUUUACGAUAUUCUGCCAUGUUGAAACUUCCUUCAACGACUUCUUAUCAAGAAAAGAUGAAAAAAGUUGAUUACGUUCUUCAAUUACUCAAAUUGGAAAAGUGUGCUGAUACCUUAAUUGGUGAAGUUGGACUUUCCAAAGGAAUUAGUGGAGGUGAAAGAAAGAGAUUGGGCAUUGCGAUUGCUCUACUCACCAAUCCUCCAAUUUUGAUUCUAGACGAACCAAGUACAUCCCUUGAUUCAAAGACAGCCCUCGACGUGGUUCAAACAAUUUCACACGUUGCCAAAACUCAUAAUAUUACAGUGAUUAUGACAAUUCACCAACCUAGAUCUGAUAUUUUGGAUUAUCUGGAUAAUUUACUCCUGUUAGCAAGUGGUAAAAUUGCAUACUUUGGAUCAACUAGCAAAGUUGUAAAGUAUUUUAAAAAGAUUGGUUUUGCAAUGAAUGACAAUUACAAUCCAGCAGAUUUUGUGAUGGAUAUGAUAACAGAGGAUUCACAUGCUAUAUUUGCUCAUGAAAAGACACAUGAAAGUGAAAUGGAAAGGAUUAAUAAGAUUGUUGACAGUUUUGAAAAGAUUAAGCAACAGAUUAUUCCAUCUGUGCAUGACACUUUCGAAUUACGAGAAUGUACUUUACCAAAAGUGGAGAAAUCAACAUGGUGGACUCAAUUCCUUGUCAUGUUUUUAAGAAGUUUCCUCAAUCAGUACAGAGAUUUCAAAUUUACAAAAAUUCGAGUUAUUCAACAAAUUAUUUAUGCAAUUUUAGUUGGAUUUAUUUACUUUCAGACAAAGAAUGAUCAAAAUUCAGUUCAGAAUAAGCUUGGUUUGCUCUUCUUUGUGGUUACUAAUCAGUGGUCGAAUUCAUUUGGUACUCCAAUCUCAAUUUUCAGAGGAGAGAGAUUGUACUUUUUAAGAGAACGAGGUGCUAAAUGUUUUUCAAUAAGUAGUUAUUAUUUUGGAAAGUUCUUUGCGGAUAUGUUGUUGAUUAUUCCUCAUCCAGUGUUUUUUGGAACGAUAGUUUACUUGUUGGCAGGAUUGACCUUAACUAUUGAUAGAUUUUUAAUGUUCAUUUUGAUUAUUUUGGUACUUUCACAGGCAGCUCAUAGUUUUGGAAUGGUUUUGGCCAUUCUAGUGAGGCGUGUAGAAAUUGCCACCAUGCUUUUACCUCCCAUUUCAACAACUUUCCAUGUCUUUUCUGGAUUUUAUAGAAAUAUCGAUCAAAUUCCAGUUUACUUGGCUUGGUUCACCUACUUUUCACCAUUCAAUUAUGGAUUUAAAGCUCUCAUUGUAAAUGAAUUUGGUGGAAGAACAAUAGACUGUCCAACUGAUCAAGACGAAUCGUGUCCAUAUCCAAAUCUCGACUUUAUUCUCGAUUAUUAUGGAAUGAACAAUGGCCUGAUGAAUACUUGGGUUAAUUUGGGAAUAGUUUUGGGUAUCUCAGUUGGAAUGAGAAUCAUUGCUUACAUUGCCUUAAAGUUCACAUUAAAACCAAGAAAGGGAGUUUAAU